GUGAGAAAUGUGUUGUACCAAACGAUGACACCCUGGCUGGAAAAGCUGAAGACAGAGCUUCCAGUUCUUCAAAAAAAGCUGAAUGUGUCAUAACAUCUGUAGGAAGUCCUGUUCACUUUGUCAGUGUACAGCAAACAUUUGGAACUUGGAUGCGGGAACCUGCAAACAUAAGCGAUGAAAGGAUUUGGCUUACCAUGCAUUUUUCAGGAAACACUAUAAAAGAAUAUGAGAACUCCAAUGCCUUGCUGAAUGACAGCUACAGGAUCAUUAACAUCACAGGAUUCUUUUACGGAUGUGGUCAUGCAGUACAAAACAAUCAUCUGUACUAUCAAAAGGGAGGAACCAACGUCAUUCUGAAACUUGGGCUUGACAAAGCAUCGUUGGGCACACUACUAAUUGAAAAUGCCUUAUAUCAUGGUCGUAACUACCUCUUUUCUAACUCGAAGACUUACUUCAACGUAGCAGUGGAUGAGAAGGGUCUUUGGAUUAUAUAUGCCUCAAGCACUGAUGAAAAUAUAAUAGUAGCACAUAUUGAUGAAGAAACAUUCUCAGUCAUUCGGCAUAUCAAUACUACAUACCCUAAGUCUAAGGCUGGUAAUGCAUUCAUAGCAUGUGGCAUUAUGUAUGUUACUGAUACGAAGGAUAUGACAGUAAGUUUUGCUUUUGAUUUAUUGAAGGAGAAGCAGAUUGAUGCAAGGUUUGAGUUACGGUCUUCACAGUCUGUUCUUGCUAUGCUUUCAUACAGUCUAAGAGAUAAGAAUUUGUACACAUGGGAGAAUGGGAGCUUGAUGGUAUACCCUGUACAUUUUGGCAGAUGAAUAUAUUUUAAA